GAGGGGAAGGGGCGGGCCUUUCAUUCACUGUCGGCCCCUCCGUCGCUGCCGGAGCGGAAGGGCGGGGUCUCGCGCCCCCCUCCCCCGGGAGGUGAGGAGCAAGGGAGGUGGCGGGGCGUGGGGGCGGAGCCCGCGGGCGCGCGUCCCGAGUCGUAGGCUACGUCGUCACGUCAGCGCGGGAGAGAGAAAGAGAGGAGCCGACUCGGCUGGGACUGGGGGACGGAGUCGAGAGAGCGAGCGAGGGAGGGUGUAGAGCGAGCGUUCGAGCGAGGAGGGGAAAGACGGCCACUCGUGCCUGAGCGGCCGCGGACGCCACUAGGAGUAGUGGGGGAAAGGAGCAGGGAGGGGAAGAAGAAAGGCCGAGAAAGGAGCCUGACGGAGGCUGGUGGUGGUGGUAGGGGGAGAAGGAGGAGCUGGAGGAGGGCAGGGGUAGAGGGAGUGAGUGAGAGAAGCGGACGCGCGAGGGAGGGGAGGGAAGGGAAGGGGGGGGUCACGCGGGCGCGCGCGCGCGCACCGGGAGCGCGCUCGGAGGCGAGUGGAACUGGAUCGGGUUUGCUGCCAGCGGCGUGAGCUUCGGCCGCCAUUUUACAACAGCUCCACUCGCGCCGGACACAGGGAGCAGCGAGCACGCGUUUCCCGCAACCCGAUCUCCUCGGACAGGAUUCUUCCGCCGCAGCCCAACGGGGAGAUCUCUGGAAACAUGGCUACAGAACAUGUUAAUGGAAAUGGUACUGAAGAGCCCAUGGAUACUACUUCUGCAGUUAUCCAUUCAGAAAAUUUUCAGACAUUGCUUGAUGCUGGUUUACCACAGAAAGUUGCUGAAAAACUAGAUGAAAUUUACGUUGCAGGGCUGGUUGCACAUAGUGAUUUAGAUGAAAGAGCUAUCGAAGCUUUAAAAGAAUUCAAUGAAGACGGCGCAUUGGCAGUUCUUCAGCAGUUUAAAGACAGUGAUCUCUCUCAUGUUCAGAACAAAAGUGCCUUUUUAUGUGGAGUCAUGAAGACUUACAGGCAGAGAGAAAAACAAGGGACCAAAGUAGCGGAUUCUAGCAAAGGACCAGAUGAGGCAAAAAUUAAGGCACUCUUGGAAAGAACAGGCUACACACUUGAUGUGACCACUGGACAGAGGAAGUAUGGGGGACCGCCUCCAGAUUCCGUUUAUUCAGGUCAGCAGCCUUCUGUUGGCACUGAGAUAUUUGUGGGGAAGAUCCCAAGAGAUCUGUUUGAGGAUGAACUUGUUCCAUUAUUUGAGAAAGCUGGACCGAUAUGGGAUCUUCGUCUAAUGAUGGAUCCACUCACUGGUCUCAAUAGAGGUUACGCGUUUGUCACUUUUUGUACAAAAGAAGCAGCUCAGGAGGCUGUUAAACUGUAUAAUAAUCAUGAAAUUCGUUCUGGAAAACACAUUGGUGUCUGCAUCUCGGUUGCCAACAAUAGGCUUUUUGUGGGCUCUAUUCCUAAGAGUAAAACCAAGGAACAGAUCCUUGAAGAAUUUAGCAAAGUAACAGAGGGUCUCACAGACGUCAUUUUAUACCACCAACCAGACGACAAGAAAAAAAACAGAGGCUUUUGCUUCCUUGAAUAUGAAGAUCACAAAACAGCUGCCCAGGCAAGGCGUAGGUUAAUGAGUGGUAAAGUCAAGGUCUGGGGAAAUGUUGGAACUGUUGAAUGGGCUGAUCCUAUAGAAGAUCCUGAUCCUGAGGUUAUGGCAAAGGUAAAAGUGCUGUUUGUACGUAAUCUUGCCAAUACUGUAACAGAAGAGAUUUUAGAAAAAGCAUUUAGUCAGUUUGGGAAACUGGAACGAGUGAAGAAACUAAAAGAUUAUGCUUUCAUUCAUUUUGAUGAGCGAGAUGGUGCUGUCAAGGCUAUGGAAGAAAUGAAUGGCAAAGAUUUGGAGGGAGAAAAUAUUGAAAUUGUUUUUGCUAAGCCACCAGAUCAGAAAAGGAAAGAAAGAAAAGCUCAGAGGCAAGCAGCAAAGAAUCAAAUGUAUGAUGAUUACUACUAUUAUGGUCCACCUCAUAUGCCCCCUCCAACAAGAGGUCGAGGGCGUGGAGGUAGAGGUGGUUAUGGAUAUCCUCCAGAUUAUUAUGGAUAUGAAGAUUAUUAUGAUUAUUAUGGCUAUGAUUACCAUAACUAUCGUGGUGGAUAUGAAGAUCCAUACUAUGGUUAUGAAGAUUUUCAAGUUGGAGCUAGAGGAAGGGGUGGUAGAGGAGCAAGGGGUGCUGCUCCAUCCAGAGGUCGCGGGGCUGCUCCUCCCCGCGGUAGAGCCGGUUAUUCACAGAGAGGAGGUCCUGGAUCAGCAAGAGGCGUUCGUGGUGCGAGAGGAGGUGCCCAACAACAAAGAGGCCGCGGGGUACGUGGUGCGAGGGGUGGCCGCGGUGGAAAUGUAGGAGGAAAGCGCAAAGCUGAUGGGUACAACCAGCCAGAUUCCAAGCGGCGCCAGACCAAUAAUCAGAACUGGGGCUCCCAACCCAUUGCUCAGCAACCGCUCCAAGCAGGGAAAAGGGGUCGAGGCCGGUCCUGACCUGUUACAAUGAAGACUGACUUGCUAUGUGGGAUUACACCAGAAGCUUGCAGUGGAGUAAUGGUAAGGAAAUCAAGCAACCUUAAAUAUCUCGGCUGUAUAGGAGCAUAUUCUGUUGCAGAAGACCUUCCUAUGAAGAUCAUGGAAUCAAAUACAGGACAUUGAACUAAUACUUGGACUUUGAUAUGAAUUUCUUUAACAAUUUUCUCUGCAGUGCAAGUUAUUAAACUAAAGCUACUCUAUUUUCCAAAUGUGUUCCAACAGAAAUCCUUCAUAACUUCUAGCAUGGUAUCUUAAUAAAGAAUAAAGUUCUUCUCUUUAAAAAAUCUGCUCUAAGUAGAUUUUUCCCCUGUUUUUUUAAAUUAAGGAUCCCAGCAGUGGUUUUCUGAAAUAUUCUCUUGAAUUUGUGCAUUUAAAUUUUAUUGCAGUGGUAUAGAUGAAUGCCAUUGUUGGUAUCCUUAAAUUUUAUUUCUGCUCACCAAGGUUAAUCAUGAUUGUCUAUAUCUUUUUUAUAGUAAUCACUUUUGAAUUGUGUUCAGAUAUGCAGUUUCAGGUGUAAUCAUCAGAGCUGGUUAGUCAGGCAUUCCAGAUAGUGGUUCUUUUCAGAACCUUUUUUAAAGGGUUGGUUAACUACCUCAGUAGCAGAGGAUUGAACUAUACCCUGUCUGUACUGUACAUAGAAAAUCUUUGUAGAUAAAAGCAAGGCUUGUUAAAUGAUAUGAGGGUAAGAUUUUAAUAUACCAAAUGUAACAUUCUUAGUUGCCUUUAGUUUCAGAGGCUUGUAAGACUUCCUCAUGACCAUCAUAACAGGCCUUGCUUUUGUCGUAUUUUGUGGCUGAAAAAGCAGCCUUGCUUCUUCAGAUAUUGUAGUUAUUUGGAUGUAUAAUAGUUUAGCAAGAUGUUACUUUUGUAAGACAUCAGAUGUUCAAAAAAAAGUGCAUCCGAACUUGUACUAAAUACUGCAGUGUCCCUUUAUAAAAAGUCAGACUAAAACUGACAAUUGUACAGCAAAGCCUGACAUUUGGAUAUUUUGAAGUUUUUUCAUAAAUCAUAGAAAUUAGUAUAUGGCUGUAGUUUAGCUUUUUAGGUAAAAGGUAUGUUUCAUUAGUGCAUUUCUUAUUGCUGAUCACUGCAAAAAUGUGAAUCAGCUUUCCAUUUCUUAUGCAGGUCAUGAUAACUUGUAGAAUAGAGUACAAUCAUUUGUGCUAUGUUUUUAAUUUUCUAAAGCACCUUGAUGACAGUGAGUGUUCAGUGGUGAAGCAUCCUCUAUUGAAUCGCCCUCAAAAAAAUUUUUGCCAAGUCCUAAAUUGAUAGCUUAAAGUCAAAAGUGAAAUUAUAGUUUAAUUAGGACUUGGUAUAAAGAAAUCCCUUUUCCCCUUCCCCAAAGGGAUACUGCAGUUAUAUCACAUACCCAAUAGGCACCACGAUGAAGAUCAGAGCUUAUACUUAAUUAAGGUUUUAUACACACCAGUUCCCCCAGUAAAUGCAAAUUUAACAAAAUUAGACAUGUCAUAUGUUCAAAAUGCUCAUGGCAAACAAUCAUUUUGCAUUCCUGCAAAUAAAAUUGUUUUAUACUGUAAGCUGGAGGCGAGUGUAACUUAUUUUUGUAAUAAAGUUUUUAUUUUUUUUAUGUGUCAUUAAUAUAAAUGUGUGUUAGUGUAGAAAUAUUCUGGUUUAAAAACUUAGAAUUGCACACAUUUCAGUAUGUUUAUUUGUACUUACAUAAUUUUAGAAUAGUGGUUGCCAAUAGCCUGUAUGUUUCACAUUAAUUGGUUUUUUUAUGUUACCUUAAUAAACCAUUUUAGUAUGUUGUAUGUCAGUUACUGGGAUAGCUGGGACGUAGAGUGUAAUUUAAAAUUUGUCAAUAAGUAUUCAUUGGAAUAUAUGUAAAUGUGCCUUGCCGGUUAUUGAAACUUACCUACAAAAUGAGUAUGGGGUGACAAAAAUUAGUUCCUGGUGCUUAAUGAAACUUUCUGCCACUGAUUUUAUAUAUUACCCCGUGCUUUUUUAAAGUACAUCUCUUUCAAAUCUUAGUGUAAGUUUGAGGGCUACACAAAACAUUUACAUUUCAUUCUAACAUAUAAUGAGUAUAAUAGGUUGUGGAAAGUGGGUAAACUAAAUGUAGCCUUCAGUAAAAUUGAAUCUCAGUGUAAUCUUUGGUGCUGGUGUUUCCCAGUUCCAAGGAGUUAAAUGAUCCCAUCAAAGAGGUCAUUGCCAUGCCUAUUGGCACUUUACUGUCAUACCCUUUUUAAAGGGACACUGUCAAGGUGUUUAAGUUAAUUCUCAGAAUUAUUUGUUGGGAUUUUAGGAUGGGUUUGUUUGACUUAAGUAAGAACUGCAUUGUCAAAGUUGAAAGAUGAACAUUUUUGUGAGUUCACAAAUGUGUUCUUGAAACAUUAAGAUAUGGAGCUGUGGGUUUCCAAGACUAUUUGGCAUUCUUAGUUUGGGGAUUGGGAGGGAAAACGAUGAUACAAAGAAAUUGUGAAGAAUUGGUGGGUAAUCUAAACAGUGGUGAUGAAAUAUAUACACGCUCAAGUGAAAUUACUUGACAGUGUUCAUUUGAAUAACUUUGAAUUCAAGCCAUUAUAAUUACUUUUAAAAUUAAAUAUCAUUUGCACUGUUCUGAUAAUGGGUGCAGUUUUUGAGCAAUAUAAUCAGAGCUAAAUAUGCAUGUAGUGAUUAGUGAUGUGAACAAUUAAGUUCUGAGAAGAAAUACUAACUGGUAUUUUCAAACUUAAAUUUCUGUAGUAAAAUCAGCAACAAACUCUUAUCAAUAAGAGAUCAAGGAAAACAGGCAAUGCAUAUAAACAUACUUUUGAAUGUUGUGUGGCCUAUAAAGCAAUAAUGCAAUUUAUAUGGAAUGUCAUGGGAUAUGAGAAAUGGAAAUGCAAAAAUAACUAAUCCUUUAGUAAAAAUGUCAACAUGUUAAAAGGGGAAUGUUAACUAAUGUAGGUUAUUGCUAUUUGUGAUUUGUUUAUGGGUUCUUGGCUUUGACAGCUUCAAAGAAUGGACAGAUGACAAGUUAAAAGAAAUUUUGUAUAUAUUGUCAAGGAAUGGGUCUUAAAUCCAAGAGUCAAGUCCCUUCCUUGGGGUGAAAAAUGUAUCCUUAAAGCAUUCUGAUUGUUAAACAAGAAACUUGAGUUACCUAAACAGACGCAAGAUUUUGUUUCUGCAGACUACUUGGCAAUCAAAAGUGAUCAUCAGUUUAGUUAAUCAGUUUUCAGAAAGUUGCUUUGUGAGAAAAUUGUGUUACAUAUAUUUUCCCAAACAUGCUUUUUGUGGAAGAUUUUCAGCCAUUGCAGUUGAAUCCGAUAUUAGAAAUGAAGUGGGGGUUGAGCACAAAAAGAGCGGUUGCACACUCAUGAUGAUGGUUGUAGCAUCAUGAGAAAUUUAUCAAUUGCUGCAAGUCUGAUUUAACAGAAUAUAAACAUUUUCUCAUGAUAAAAUAGGAACUUAAUAGGAAUGGAUUGAUGGGGUGAUCUCGGGUAUUUACUUGUAUGUAUUUGGAAAGAGUUAAUAUCAGGAUGAACACAUGCUAGAUGGGCAAAAUUGUCACAUGCAGGACAGCUUUUUUGACUGCUAAGCCAAAGUCACUGUUGACUAGAAACAUAGCAAAAGAUCACCUUGUCAUUACGGAGUAAGCCAUGUCUCUAUUUUAAGGGGAGAAAUUAAAUGUAGAAGGACUUCAUGCAUUUAGGAGAGGGAGCUAACCCUAGAGUAAAUGAUUGCUCAGAUUCCUACAACUUCCAGGAAUACCCACCAUGAUCAUUUUCUCCCCAGUGAUGUAUUCCAUAAAAUUUCUAUCUGACCAUAGGAAUUCAUUGGUGGGUAUAAAAUGAAUGAAUAAAAAACUUAAGUAACAAUACAUAAAAUGAACAGACUUGUGAGGAUGAUGUUUUAUUAAAGUGUAGCAUUUCCUCAGUGAUACCACUCAAUAGGGCAUGCCACUACUUUUCUUAAGAUGCUAAUUAUAAACCAACGUUCAAAGACAUUUUUAACUGUGGGCAAAUUAAUAGAUGGACUUUUUGGUCUGUCACUUUUUUAAAAAGUACUUAAUUAAGUUCUAUUAGCACCACAGUCUGCCUUCAGUAAUAUACAUAAAAUAUUUCUCAGGACCAGAAGCAUUCAGUUGGAAGAACCAUCUUUUUUAUGAAUACAAAACAGUAUUACAACUAAUGCUCUGGUCCAAGAUUAGAUUUUUAAUGAUUUUAACAGUAGUCUGAUAAACAUUUAGAAGUCUGGCAUUGAGAAACAAAAGCUUGUACCUGACGAGUACUUUUAUUUAAAAGAAAUAUUAGUUCUCUUAGCUUAUUUAAAUUGUCUCUUACAUUUAUUUAUCCAUAGAAUUUAUAUUUAUUUCAUUCCUUUCAUCUCACUGAAAACAACUGUCUGCAGGCUCUUUGAUUUGGAUUAGAUGUGUGAAGUACUGUCUUUUGCCAAAAACCUCAACUUACCUGUUCUUUUUAACGUAGUGGGUUUGUGCUUGUUUGGAGAUCAGUUCAAAAAACUAUCUGUACUAUCUGUACUGCCUCUGAUGUUAAGAUUUUAUGUAUAGCAUAAGGAAGCUAGCUCUGACUAUAUUUUCCUAAGAAUAAAGACCUAUUUUUGUAGCAUGUCUUAGGA